GGCAGCGCGCGCGAAAUUCCAACGGCGCGGCGCGGCGGGCGCGGGAUUGUGGAAUGGCUCAGGACACUACAGUGCCCAAACUGAACUUUGAAUAUUGGUUGGAUAAAGCUAUUGAAUGGGGUCAAGCCACUACGUUGGAAUCCCAGAAAGAUGUGUGCCUUCAUUUGCCCCAGCUCCAGGAAUUUCUGCAUCAGCUUUAUGAAACAAUAAAACAUUUGCAGGGUUCCACUGUAGCAAUCCAGCAGUUCCCUUUAAUUGGACAGCUUCUAGGAAGGCUCUGUUGGAAUCCUUUUGUUAUAGGAUAUGAUGAAAGCCAGAAGACUCUGAUGUGGUGCUUAUGUUGUCUGUACAGCAGUGAACCACAGAAUGCUGUGGAACUGAAGGCAAACAGCUGGAUACGGAGUUUGCUGUGCCAUCUCCUUUGCUCUUCCAAGUGGGAAAGUAAUGAAGCGGAAACCAGUACGUUCAUAUCGGUUCUGGGCUACACGUCAGCAGAUUAUUAUUGUCACUUGGUUAAAAAUAUGGUCGUAUCAUUAGUAACAGAACUCAGAGAAAACCAGUUCCAUGGACUUAACAUUCAGGAGAGCACUUCAGCCAGUCGUGUGAAUGCUGUGUCCAUUUUCUGUGUGCCUCUCAUUACUUUGCCUGAUCUAAUUCCAUUGCUGGAAACUCUCCUUCUUUACCAUGGAGGUUCAUCAAAAGAAAUUCUCAGUUCAGAGUUUCUAGAGGCUGUGAAUGAGGCCUUUUUAAAGAAGAAGAUCUCCCUUCCUGAAUCAGCUGUGUUCAGCCUUUGGCUUCGUCACUUACCAAGCCUUGAAAAAGCUACCUUACAUCUUUUAGACCAGUUGUUUUCCAUUCAGUUGAAUUCACUGGAAGAAGUGGCCUGUGUCAUAAAAGACUCAUUGCUGCCACAAGCAGCAAGCCAUCCUGCUGUUUUCAGAAUUGUUAAUGAAAUUUUCAAGAAUGCAUUGAUGGAAACUGAUGGAACUUCAGAAGUUGUGACAAUAAUACAGGUGUUUACACAGCUCUUCCUUCAGGUUCAUCAGAAUGAAAACAAACAGCAUAAUUUUCCACUGAAGGCCUACUUCCCGCACCAUCACCAGCCUCUUGUUAGAAGUUUAAUCAGACGUCCAUUUGAGCUCCCAACUACAUAUUGGUCUCAACACUUGAAACACAUUUCGGAUAUGGUCAAAGCAUUAGUAGAAGAUACAAACGUUAGUUCUCUUACUGACCUCUUUGAAAUCUGGUUUUUGGUUGCUUGUUUUGGAGAGUGGCUGGAUGUUGCAGCAGAACAAUUACUGAAGGCUGCUGUAGAACCAGAUGCUGUGCUGUGGCUGGUGGCAUUUUACUACUGUCCUAAGAAUGAAAAUCAACAAAGGAAUCAAACAAUGGUAGAAGCUGAAGCAGUCUACAAUCAUCUAAUGAUGCUGUUCAGCUGUGCAGACCUUUCUCUCAAAGACCUGGAGGCUGCUGUACACAGGGUUGUGGGUAUUGGGCAGUGUUGUAACCAUCGUCUUACAACACAUCUUCUGAUCAACUUUUUGCUCUUUUCGCCUGGUGGACCUAAGCUUGCCCAGGAAUGUAUUUACCAUAUUACUGAGACAACUGAUACAAGCAAAGAAGUUUAUAACCUUCUUACACGUACUGCAUACAGAUUAAACCAUAGUGGAGAAGAAAACCAAAGGACUAUGAAGCUGCUGAAUGAACUUCUUCAAAAACUUACAUUUAAAGUUUAGAAUGUUAAUGUCAUCUAUUUAUGAAACUAACAAAUCAGAUCUUUAUCCAAGCAUCAGAUUUCCAUUAACAUCUGGCACUGCUGGUUACCAAGGGCAGAUAAGCUAUAGCUGCUUGUUUACAUUCCCUCACCUAUGUUAUGUUAUGUUAUGUUAUGUUAUGUUAUGUUAUGUUAUGUUAUGUUAUGUUAUUAUAGAAAAAUAAUCUGUUGUAUGGAAAUGUUAAUCUUUUGAAACCUAACUGUAAAUAUUAAAGAUGUUUGAAAAUUUUGUUCUGAGUACCUUUUGCAACAAGAGACCUCCAUCAUUUGAAGCAGUUCACUCAUCUCCUUGUUGUUUAUCUGGCUGAGGAUCAGUUUUUCUCCCAAAUUACACAUACGGGGAUUUUUAAGCAAGUAAUUUCCAAAUGCUUGAUUGAGAAGUUGCUACUAAAAUGUUUUGUUCUGUGCUUCUGCUUUUAUGAAACUAACGAUGGUCUCAAGUGAUUCAUCGUGUUCUCAGGAAAUCAGUGAGUGAUGUUUCCUGAACUCUUUCCUUCUUUUUGAAAACGUUUCCACAAUGAAACUCUUCCCAAAUUUGCUAGAUGUGAGGAGGUUUUCAGUACUGCAGCUUUCACAGGAGAGUUUUUUCCUCUACCAUACCAGUAACUGGUCUUUGUCAACAGAUACUGCAGGUAUAAAAUUGCAUGCAGUAUAGCCCACUUAACAGUGUGCCAUGACUGAUGCUAUUAUUUAUUAAUUUAAGAAAUAUGGCGUUAUUAUUCAGACAAAGGAGGGCAAGCAAAACAGAGACAUAAGGACAUUCUCCAGUUUGAAGGGACAGAUUUCCUAUAAAGGUUGCAACUUCAUUUUUUGUCCAGCAUUUUGCUUACUUCUUUGUUUGUGUUUUUUGUCUCCUGAGAGGAGCACAGACAGGUAGCAAUGGCUUCUGUUUUUUACCCUUAGGAAAGUAUUUUCCCCAAAAAGUUUUGUGAACCUGUCUCUAGCUUAACUAGAAGAAUGCGCAUAGAGAAUAGUAGUAACAGAGCAUCCUAACUUUCCUCAGUAAUUUGCUCUCCUGUAUUAACUUUAAUGCCAACGCUUGUGCUACGCUACUCAAAGAUGCUACUUGGAAUACUAUUCUUGCAUAUAAAAUCCAAGACGUAUCUUGUAUCAUGAAUUAAUAAAACUUUUUUGAAUGUAGCAUUUGUUUUUGAGCAAGGGGAAAAUGAAACAGUGUACUUAGUGUCCCUUGGCUGCAAGAAGUGGAAAAAUAUUUUCUGUUACGCUGUUAACUGAUUUCUUACAAUUUUGU